AUGACUCUGCGAGGAGCAGCUCAGGAUUGGUUCCACACUCUACCGUCCGCGUCAAUAGGCAACUUCAUGGAGUUCGCCAUCAUUUUCACAAAGGAGUACACCUCCUACAAGACGGUCAGAAAGCAUGCAGACCACCUGUUCAACCUGCGCAAGAAGCCAGACGAGUCUCUACGAGACUACCUGAGACGGUUUAAGGCUGAGAAGGCUAACAUCAUAGGAUGCAACGACCAAGUUGCAUCCUCAGCAUUCAAAAAGGGUUUGCCAACCGAGCACGAGCUAUACCGGGAGCUGGCCAUAACUCCAAGUCAAACUUUGGCAGAAGUGUUCGCGACGGCAGAGCGCUACGCACUUUGGGACGAUGAUCGUAUCGCCGCAAAGAAAGCUAGAAAGCAAGUUGACCACCCGACGAAGCAGGCAAGCCAAAAGAGCAACAAGUUCGAGCAAAAAGCCCGAGAUAAGCGCAGAUCGCGGCCCCAAGAGGGAAGCUUAGAAACAGGGACCUUCACUGAGUUCGCUAUCCCAAUCCACCAGAUCCUAGCUCAAGUGAAGGAUAAGCCGUGGGUGAGGAGACCACCACCCAUGAAGGGAGACCCCUCUAAAAGAGACGCCAGCAAAUACUGCGCAUUCCACGGGGAGCACGGUCAUUACACCAACAACUGCAACGCUUGGAAAAGGCACCUUGAGGAGCUGGUCAGAGAAGGCCAUUGCACAGAGUUCGUUGCAAAGAAGGCUAUCCAGCAGAUCGAGGAUCGUGAUGUAGCUGCCAAGGAACCUCCCCAAAAGGCAACUUAUGUCUCCCAAGUCACAACGGGAGUACCAGCUGUUGGGGAUACACCUAUCAUUGGCUUCCAGAAGAAGGACUUGAUCGGGCUGGACCUGCCACAUAAUGACGCCCUAGUCAUCUGCAUCCAAAUUGAACAAGCUGUGAUCGAGCGAGUUCAUGUAGAUGAGGGCAGCGCAGCCAACAUCCUGCAACUAUCUGUUAUCCAACAGAUGGGGUUCGAGCCCAAGAUUAGCAAACUUGCCAGAUCGCUCACCGGCUUCAAUGGGGCCACAUCAAUCACUGUUGGAACGAUCGACUUGGAUGUCCACUCACCCCCAGUAGUCUGCUCGCAGACCUUCAUGGUCAUCGACGAGGUUUCCCCCUACAACGGAAUCUUGGGCCGACCGUGGAUCAGCAAGAUCGAGGCCAUCACAUCUGCUCUACAUCAGAAGAUCCGUUAUCCCAUCCCUGGGGGCGGAAUCGGGCAGAUCAACAGUGACCAAGCCAUGGCAAGGAGAUGCACCGCCCAAGGGCUCAAGAAGAGCAAGCAGCUGCAGUUCACACCAGUAAUGCAAGCUGCCAACGAGGCAGGAAGCGCUCUUAGCAGACAAGCAAACCCGAAAGGGAAGGAAUUAAGGAACCAGGAUCGAGACGAGGGAAUCCGCCCGGAAGACUCCCCUGAAAAGGGUUGGAAGCCUGAGGAUGACUUUGAGUUAGUACCCCCCGAUCCUGACCAGCCAGACAAAGAGGCGCAGAUUGGCUCAUGCCAGAAUCCGAACAAGAAGGAUCGAGACGAGGGAAUCCGCCCGGAAGGCUCCCUUGAAGAAGGUUGGAAGCCUGAGGAAGAAGUUGAGUUAGUACCCCUCGAUCCUCACCAACCAGACAAGAAAGCACGGAUCGGCUCGCGCCUAAGCCCAGACGAGAAGAUGGAGCUGACCAUCUUCCUCCAGAACAACAAAGACAUGUUCGCGUGGUCACCAUCUGACAUGCCUGGCAUUGACCCAAAUAUCAUCUGCCAUCGGCUCCAUGUCAACCCUGCUAGCAAGCCCGUGGUGCAGAAGAGACGCAACUUUGCUCCCGAGCGGGUCGCGAUCAUUGAAGCCGAGAUCGACAAGCUCCUAGCUGCCGGUUUCAUUGAAGAGGUCUCCUACUCGGAAUGGUUGGCUAACGUUGUUCUGGUGGCAAAACAAGAAAAGGGAAAAUGGAGAGUAUGCGUUGAUUACACCGACCUCAACAAAGCAUGCCCUAAAGACAACUUCCCACUGCCGAGAAUCGACCAGCUCGUGGAUUCAACUUCCGGCAACCAGCUGCUCAGCUUCAUGGAUGCUUACUCCGGCUAUAAUCAAAUUAUGAUGUACGAUGAUGACAAGGCGAAGACCUCUUUCAUCAUCGAAAGAGGGACCUACUGCUACAAGGUCAUGCCCUUUGGGCUGAAGAACGCUGGAGCAACCUACCAAAGGCUCGUGAAUAAAAUUUUCAAGGAGCAGAUCGGCAGAACCAUGGAGGUGUACGUGGACGAUAUGCUGGUUAAAGCCCCCAAGCCGGCAGACCACCUCAAAAACCUCACCGAGGCGUUCAGCCUACUCCGCCAAUAUCGCAUGAAGCUGAAUCCAAGUAAAUGCACGUUCGGUGUAUCGUCUGGCCGGUUCCUAGGGUACUUAGUGACGCAACGAGGUAUCGAGGCACACCCGCGCCAAAUCAAAGCCAUUCUCGAGAUGAAGUCGCCUUCCACAGUGAAGGAGAUACAAAGCCUGACGGGCAGAGCAGCGGCCCUUAACAGAUUCCUCUCAAAGUCUACCGACAAGUGCAGACCAUUCUUCAAAGCUUUGAAGAAAGGACAAAAAGACAAAUGGGACGAAGAGUGCGAAGUAGCUUUCCAGAAUCUAAAGACCUACCUUACUUCACCUCCCUUGCUCUCAAAGCCAGUUCCUGGUGAAGACUUGUUCGUGUACCUGGCAGUGUCCAACUCGGCCGUCAGCUCAGCUCUCAUUCGAGAAGAACUUGGGGCCCAACAUCCGAUAUUCUACACGUCAAAAGCUCUCCUCGAUGCAGAGACUCGUUACCCGAAAUUGGAGAAGCUCAUUUUGGCCCUUGUGGUUUCUGCGAGAAAGCUGCGACCUUAUUACCAAGCUCACCGAGUCAUCGUCAUGACCGACUUUCCUUUGAGAUCAAUCCUCCACAGCCCUGAUGCUUCUCAGCGACUCAUGAAGUGGGCUAUAGAGCUAAGCCAAUACGACCUCCUCUACCGGCCGAAGACUGCAAUAAAAGCUCAAGCCUUAGCAGACUUUGUUGCAGAAUUCACACCAUCAGCCGAAGAAGAGAAGCUGGUCAGCAAAAAGAAGGAAAGUUCGAGAGCAGACAAGACCUCUACUGAACCUGACCAACCCAGAGACAUGUGGCAGUUGCGCGUAGACGGAGCGUCGAACCAGAAAGGAGCUGGAGCAGGCGUCGUCAUCAUCACCCCAGAUGGAACCCUGUUAGAGCAAGCUAUCACGCUUGGCUUCCCGGCUUCAAACAACGAGGCAGAGUACGAGGCGUUGCUCGCUGGCUUGCGCUUGGCAAAGGAGCUAUCAAUCAAGAAGCUGGCCAUCUACUCAGAUUCCCAGCUGAUCACAAGUCAAGCCUCAGGAGAAUACAUGGCGAAGCACCCAAGGAUGAUCUUGUACCUUGACAAAGUUCAAGAGUUGUUGAAGGCGUUUCCCACCUUCACCAUCCAGCAAGUUCCCAGAACAGAGAACGCGCACGCAGAUGCACUAGCAAGCUUAGGAUCGGCGCUGGAUACCCAGUUCAGACGUUCCAUCCCGGUCGAGCACCUUGACCAGCCUAGCAUAGAGGAGGCGGAGCAGCCGGACCUGAUGCAGAUCGAUGAGGAUCCGAGCUGGCAAGACCCAAUUAUUGACUACCUAGUGAAUGAAAACCUGCCCAAGGACAAGUCCGAGGCCAGAAAAAUCAAGCAGAAGGCUGCAAGAUACUACAUGAAAGGCGACAUGCUUAUCCGCAGAUCAUACUACGGGCCUCAUCUCACUUGCAUCAAGUACCCACAAACGCUCGAGGUUCUUUGCAAGAUACACGACGGCGAAUGUGGAAAUCACGCUGGGGGCAGAUCGCUUGCUCAGAAGGCUCUCAGCAUAGGCUAUUUCUGGCCUACCAUGCGCCAAGACUCCACGGAGUAUGCUCGAAGAUGUGAUCGAUGCCAACGCUACAAGCCGGUCCCUGGCCUGCCCGCUGAGGAAUACCAUCCGCAGAACAGUCCAUGGCCAUUCAUGCAGUGGGCCAUUGACUUGGUGGGACCUAUGCCGACGGCACCUGCCAACAAAGAGAUGAUGAUCGUUGCCACUGAUUACUUCACCAAAUGGAUCGAGGCCGAGGCUUUAUCUUCUACCAAGGAGGCCGAUGUUGAACGGUUCAUCUGGAAGAACAUUAUUUGCAGAUUCGGUUGCCCGCAAUCGAUAGUCACCGACAAUGGUACACAGUUCGUGGGCAGGCAGAUCACCGCAUUCUUUGCGAAGUAUGGCAUCAAACAACACCUGUCAACACCCCGAUACCCGCAAGGCAAUGGCCAAGCAAAGGCAUCCAACAAGAUAAUGCUGGAUUGCCUAAAGAAAAGACUGGAAGGCGCAGAAGGAAAAUGGGUCGACGAGCUGCCAGGAGUCCUAUGGGCUUAUCGCACGACCAAAAGGAGAUCGACCGGAGAGACACCAUUUUCCCUGGCCUAUGGGACAGAAGCAAUUAUUCCCCCACACAUCACAGUCCCUUCCAUGAGCAUUGAGGUGGACAGCCUUGACCAAAACUGCAAGCAGAUGAAAGUCAACCUUGAUCUGCUUGAAGAAGAACGAGAAAAGGCUAUUGUUCGAGUUGCCGCCUACCAGCAGCAGUUGACGUCCUACUACAAUAAGAAGGCUAAGAUAAGACAGUUUCAGCCUGGAGACCUUGUGCUUAGAAAAACUUUCAUCACAGCACCAAGGCAAGGGUCAAAGAAAAUGAAGCCAAACUGGGAAGGCCCCUACGUGAUCAGCCGAUCUGGGGGCAGAGGAAGUUACACCCUUGAUACUCUAGAAGGAAAAGAAAUUCCAAGACAAUGGAAUGCCCACCACCUUCGAAGAUACUAUCCAUGA